AUGGAAAAUGAUAUAUUUGAGAAAAGCAGAAAUGAACUGGAGCGUAUAUAUUUAAAUAAACAUGUAGUUGUACAUCCAAUAGUUCUAUUAUCUGUUGUGGAUCAUUAUAAUCGUAUAGCAAGUAAUACAAAAAAAAGAGUGUUAGGUACCAUUUUAGGAGAAAAAAUUGAUGGAGUUGUACAUAUUACUAAUAGUUAUGCAUUACCAUUUGAAGAAGAUAUAAAAGAUAUAAAUAUAUUUUUUGUUGAUGAUAAUUAUAAUGAAAAUUUAUUUAAUAUGAUUAGAAAAAUUAAUACAAGAGAAAAAUUAAUUGGAUGGUAUACUACUGGAUCAAAUAUUAAACCAAACGAUAUUUUUAUAAAUGAAAUUUUUUAUAAAUAUCACCAUGCACCUAUUUUUCUCCUUGUUAAUGUACACACAGAUCAAAGUAUAUUCCCUGUUAAUGCAUAUGUGUCUAUCGAAAAGGCCAUAUGUGACAACAAAUUUAGGAAAACUUUUAUUCACAUCCCAGUUACUAUAGGUGCUUUCGAAGCAGAGGAUGUAGGUGUCGAGUUUUUGUUAAAAGAAUUAAAAAGCGUUUCAACAUCAACGUUAGCUACAAAAGUAGGGGAUAAAUUGUCAUCCUUAAAAAGUCUUAUAUCAAAACUAUAUGAAAUCUCAGCUUACUUGAACGAUAUUUUAAAUGGGAACAUAGAAAUGAACAUAAAAAUAUUAUAUAAUUUACAAAAUGUGUUUAGCUUAUUACCAGAUACUGAAAACCCUGAAUUAAUUGAAGCCUUUAUGGUUAAAAAUAAUGAUCUCAUGCUUAAUAUAUUCAUCGGAAGCAUAACAAGGUCAGUUAUUGCUCUUCACAAUCUUAUUAAUAAUAAAAUAGAAAAUAAAAUUAACUCGGAAAAGAAAAAGCUUUUAGAGGACGAAAAGGAGAAAGAGAAGGAUAAAGAAAAAGAGAAGGACAAAGAAAAAGAGAAAGAAAAGGAGAAGGAAAAGGACAAGGAAAAGGAAAAGGAGAAGGAAAAGGAAAAGGAGAAGGACAAAGAUAAAGACAACGAAAAGGAGAAGGAAAAGGACAAGGAGAAAGAGAUAGACAAAGAAAAGGAUAAGGACAAAUUGAAGAAAAAGAAUUAA